CGACGCCGUAAAACAUUCUCUCCUUCAAACUCCGUGACUAACCUGUCCCCUCCAUUUUCUCAAAUCUCGAUACAGACUAUAAACCCUCCGCCAUCAAUGGGCGCUUAGAUCUCAAUCAGUCUUCCUUUUCAGUCAGAUCUUCUUUCACCAAAAAUUCAAGUCAAACGAACUCAACAAUGUCGACCCGCUACCUCCUCCUCCUCGCCCUCACCGCCUUCCUCCUCGCCUCCCCUUCCUUCCCCAAUCCGGCUUCGGCCUCCUCUACCACCGCCGCCGACGACGACGAGGACCUCAGCUUCCUCGAAGACGACGACGCCGCUGAUCACACCGCCGACUCCCACUCCGAGCACUACCCCGAUUCCGAUCAUUUCGAUGACGACGAGGACUUUGGGGGCGAAGGAGGCGACUUCGAGAACUACGACGAUCUCGACGACGAUGCGGCCGAUUCCGAUCCCGAUGCCUACAAGGCUCCCGAGGUCGACGAGAAGGACGUCGUCGUGUUGACCGACGGCAAUUUCAGCGAUUUCGUGAAGGACCGCAAGUUUGUGCUGGUGGAAUUCUACGCUCCCUGGUGCGGCCACUGCCAGUCGCUGGCUCCCGAGUACGCGGCGGCGGCCACGGAGCUGAAGGCGGAGGAGGAUGUGGCGCUGGCGAAGGUGGACGCCACGGAGGAGAGCGAGCUGUCUCAGGAGUACGAUGUGCAAGGGUUUCCUACUCUCUAUUUCUUCGUCGACGGUGUUCGCAAGCCUUACCCUGGCCAGAGGACCAAGGAGGCUAUUGUUACGUGGAUUAAGAAGAAGAUUGGACCUGGAAUCGCCAAUAUCACCACAUUGGAUGAUGCGGAGCGAAUUUUGACUUCCGAGAGCAAGGUCGCCUUGGGUUACCUGAACUCCUUGGUGGGCCCUGAGAGUGAAGAGCUAGCUGCUGCUUCAAGGCUUGAAGAUGAUGUUAACUUCUAUCAAACUGUUAACCCGGAUGUCGCAAAGCUUUUCCAUCUUGAUGCUAAAGCUAAACGUCCUACCUUGGUCAUGAUUAAGAAGGAGGAUGAAAAACUGAGUUAUUUUGAUGGAAAUUUCUCAAGGUCUAGCAUAGCCGAGUUCGUAUUUGCGAACAAGCUUCCUCUGGUUACCAUUUUCACCAGGGAAAAUGCUCCAGCAGUUUUCGAGAGUGAAAUCAAGAAGCAGCUAAUUUUGUUUGCCGCUAAAAAUGAUACGGAGAAAGCUCUUGCAUCAUUUCAAGAAGCUGCUAAACUGUUCAAGGGAAAGCUCAUUUUUGUAUACGUUGAUAUGGAAAACGAAGAUGUAGGAAAGCCUGUCUCUGACUAUUUUGGUAUCACAACUUCCCCCAAGAUUAUCGGAUAUACUGGUAAUGAAGAUACAAAGAAAUUCAUCUUUGACAAGGAAAUUACGGUGGAUAAUAUUAAGGCUUUUGGACAGGACUUUAUUGAUGACAAGCUCAAACCAUUCUUCAAGUCUGACCCGAUUCCAGAAAAUAAUGAUGGAGAUGUCAAAAUUGUGGUUGGGGAUAACUUCGAUGAAAUCGUCUUGGACGAGUCAAAAGAUGUUUUCCUUGAGAUCUAUGCACCUUGGUGUGGUCAUUGCCAAGCUUUGGAGCCAACCUACAACAAACUUGCUAAACAUUUGCGGGACAUCGACUCAAUCGUCAUAGCCAAGAUGGACGGAACAACGAACGAACACCCCAGGGCAAAGUCGGAUGGUUUCCCUACACUACUUUUCUUCCCCGCCGGAAACAAGAGCUUCGAUCCAAUCACUGUAGACACAGACAGAACAGUGGUAGCAUUUUACAAGUUCAUCAAGAAACACGCAUCGAUCCCCUUCAAGCUUCAGAAGCCGGCUACUACAACGAAACCAGCAUCCGAAUCCGAGAGUGAAGUCCAGGAAACCACCAGCAGCAGCAGCUCAGAAGACGUGAAGGAUGAAUUGUGAGGAAGUGGAAAACAUGUUUCCUUAACUUAUGUAUCUGUGCCAUCAGUUUAGGCUUAAAAGAGGAAGUUUUGGUUUCUCCUUCGGUUAGAGCCUACUUAGAGAUUAGCCUGUUGUGUGUUCUUCUCAAUCAAGUGCUUCAUAGUCUAAUGAACGUUUCUAUAUCUUGGUAAAUUUCCCUUUGUGCUGUUAAUGAGUCGAGCCGAGCUUUGCCAUAGUUCGAGCUCGACUCGUGUUCGUCACGAGCUUUAAUAUGCAAGCUCGAGCUCGGCUCUUUUAUGAAAAUAAAAGCUCGAGCUCGACUCGAGCUAGCUCGUCAAAUAAGCUUAACGAGACAAAAUCGAGUUCCGCUAAUAAAAUGUUCAUGAUAGCUCAAGAUUGACCUAGAAUUGAGUACAAAAUUACAUUCAAACUUGUAGCAAAGUCUAGCUAAGUAAAACACAAUAUUUAUCCCAAUUUAAAUGCAUAAAAUCAAUGAAUUCUAAUCCUUUUUUUAUGCCAAACCAUUAAAUGUGCUUGUUCGCGAGCUUUCGAGCAGAACAUGGUAUGGCUCGAGCUCGGCUCGUUUAGUUAACAAACUUGUUCGCAAACCGACUCAAUUAAAACGAAUCGAGUGUCGAACGAGUUUUUCUCGAGUCAAACGCCGAGCCGUUCAUGGCUUAUUACCAGUUACCACGGCCGUUUCACAUCCUGCGACGGAAUAGGGAUCCUAAAUGGUUAUGGGGUCAGGUUCAAUGAAAGCAUCCCACUAAACCGUUGGUCAUUUCAAGCUCUCAAUCCCCCUUAUUUUUUCUUUUUCUUUUUCUUUUUAUACAUUCCAUCACAACGAGAAAACGACGCCGUAGCACACGUUUCUUCACGGUUAAGUUGGGACCUCGACACAGUUUCAUUUUCGACUUCCAUAAUUAUCCUCAUAAUCAUUACAAUUAAUUAAUUACCCAUCCCAUUCGUCCUCUUUCGUUACUCAAACGAAAAAAAUGGUUUAUUAAUAA